AUGGCAUUCACAGGAUACGUCUUCGAAAACGCAGUGGCAAUCUCUCCAUUCCUCGAGAAACCUCGAACAGGGCCAACAUGUCAAUUCUGCUCCGAGCUCGCAAAGAAGUUGGAGUGCUACGUGAUAGCUGGAUAUCCGGAGGUUCUGGAUCCCGAAGAGCCGAAGCCAGACGAUCCAUCGCCAGUGAACGGAGCGCCCAACCCAGCCGAAGGUCCUGACAAGCGCCCAGAGUCAUCUUCGACAUCCGAGUCAACAACGAAGAGAGAGCAAGUUGGGACCAACAGCGCAGCACUCUAUGGCCCCGAUGGCGAAUGGGUGGGCGGAUAUCGCAAGUCGUACUUGUACGAAACCGAUCUUACAUGGGCGACAGAAGGCGACGGCUUCAAGACCUUCCAUCUGCCCUCUCCACUCAACACAGUAUGCCUUGGGAUUUGCAUGGACCUGAACCCACGAUCGCCCUGGACGCUGGGUGGCGGACCGUACGAGCUCGCGGACCACUGCGUGGCGCAGAACGCCAACGUGCUCAUAUUACUCAACGCGUGGCUUGAUUCGAAAACCGAGGUGGAGGAAACGAGCGAUUGGUCAACUUUGAAUUAUUGGGCAUCGAGGUUACGGCCUCUGUGGACGAAUGGGCGAGGAGAUGAUGAGGAUGAGGAUGGAGGGGACACUCAAGCUGAUUUGGGCUCACAAGACGAAGGGAAGGAGACUAUCGUUGUGGUCUGCAACAGGUGUGGAGAGGAAAAUGACACACUAUUUGCUGGCACAUCUGCUAUUUUCAGUAUGAUAGCAGGCUCUGGGCGUCCCAAACUCCUCGACAUGAUGGAGCGACACGAGGAAGGGGUGCGUAUUUGGAACAUCCGGGUGUAA